AUGGGUUGCGACUUGUCUUCACUCACUCCAGUUGUCUACUCUACCGUCAAAGUUCAUCCGGGACAGGUUGGAGAAUAAUAUUGGUGAUUAGAGUCCCUUUCAGAAAAUUUAUCAGUCGAGAACUCGUGUAGAAAUAUCGAAGUACCUUUGAGUCAUGAGUUUACGGUAUCAUUAUUCUUCGCCUGAUUGAUUAAUUAUAAUUAAAAAGUCACGCGACUGCGUAGAGAGGACACAUCUAACAUGCUAUUACUAAGAGCUUGUGCUCUUUUUCUUUUCCGUUUUUCAACCCAUAAUUUAAUGGUUGCCUCGAGAUACAAAGUGUGUUUUCAGGCAGUGCGAAAGGUAUCAACUCCGCGUGAUACUCCAAUUAGACCGGUGGCGACUGCUCGCGCAGAAACUGCGAAGCAAGAGCUCCGCACUUCAUCCACAGCCUUCAAGGUUACUAGGACGUUUAUAAAUUAAUGCGUUUUUCAAAUUUUUUCUGAAAAUUUGUUUACACCAUAAGAAGUUUGUUGAUGCAUUAGCGUUAUCGAUAUUUGUCCCUUGAAGCACUUCGUAUACAAGAGGAACUUGAAGGUGUUCCCCCCACGUAUUUUUGAUCAAUUACUCCAUAGAGCAACUUUGCAGCCUUCGGGUCGUCCUUUGACCAGAUCUUCAUCCGCUGGCUCCAUGCUCAACCAUAGGCCUCCCAGUGGAAUUUCUAAGUAAUAAGGAAAAAAAUUGCCUUAUUUGAAUUGAUCUGUUUGAAGUGCUUCCUUCACACGUACCUACCGCGCUCCAAACCACAGGAAAUACACAAUCGACUCGUCACGAGCGAAAUCCAAUCAACCAGUCGUCUCAUUAUGUUCGCGGAAGAUUGGAAUCGAGGAGGUUUCUUUCCAAUUUCCUCGUCCGUUUUGCUUAUGCUAGGAUCAUAAAAAACCUAAUUUUUUUUCUGUUGAGAAAACCUAUAGGAUUUAUUUCCCGCGUUUGGAUUCUCUUUGAUAAUUUGAACAAAUCACCGAGGAAUAAAAUCCCCAUUUAUGGCAACGAAACUAGAGGAUUUUGUGUCUCUUUUGCUAUAUCCACAUUUGAAAAAGACAUAGUAACUUUUUUGUUAUCUUGAUCCCAGUCAAACUUUUGAAAAGUCUUUCUUUUUCAAUUAACAAGAAAAAAAUGACGGAAUUAUCUUUUCAAUCAAGGAUAAAUCAAUGAACUGAGUCCCUUUCAGUACCCCAAUGGUAACCCUGAAGGACCAUGUGAUAUCUACUGGCACAACGUCGUUUACAACGACAUGAAAAGCGUCGUUAGAUCGAGCAACUCCAAAGUUAACAAGUUCCCAGGUAAUUAUUUUUCUAUUUUUUUUGUUAACAAGGGACAUUAUAUAGGAAUGACCGAGUUAGCGAAAAAAAUCUCGCUGACUCACGCCAUCGGCUCCAUGCAAAAGUUAUUUCCUGAAGAGUUUUCAUUCUACCCCCGUUCUUGGUUUUUGCCAGCUCACCUGCAAGAUUUCAACGUGAGAGAAUUUUCUUAUGAAAAAAAGAUAACUAUUUUCAGAAUUAUUGCAAAGAACAAACGAAAUCAAGACGCGACAAAAUGUGUUUCAUCGUCAAGCCCAACGAUGGCGAGUCCUACCAGAUCAUACUAAACUUCAUCUCAGUUCAGGUGCCCAGGGAACUGGUAUUUAUUUGAUAAAUAAUCCUUCACAAAUACGGGACAACACUCAGAAACAACUUGUUCAGGUAUAAAUCCAAAUUUAGACUUAUCAAGAAAAAAAUUUUUUUAGGAAUACAUCGGGAAUCCUUUUACUGAUGGCCGACGAACUCAAGUUUGAUUUCCGAGUUUACGGCGUCAUCAAAAGUAUAAACCCCCUGUCGAUUUACGUGGCACGAGAAGGUUAUCAUACAAUAUAUGUUUUCAAGAACUUCGUAUUUCAGGCAUGGCCCGUUUUUGCACAGAAAAGUACGAAAAGCCGGACCCUGCCAAUUUCGAGAACCUCUUCGCCCAUUUGACAAACUACUCGCUUAAUAAGGCUAAUGAUUCCUACGUGCAUAGCAACUCUUUACAGGAUCAAAUAAAAGGUUGGUAGAUUGAGCAAAAAAGGUUGAUUUAAUGAAAAAUUGGUCGCAAAAAGGAACACUAUAAGCUAAAUUUCAUUUGCGGCAACUUGAAUGACCUGAAAUAUACUCAGGCAAAGUUUCGGAAGUUGAUAAGAAGGAGGUUGAAAAAUGAAUGGAAGCUAGAAAGGUCUUGAGAAGGCCUUUGGAAGGAAAUUUGUAGGUUUUUGGAAGGUGAUAAUGGAAAUUGCCCGCCAGAAGCUUUCCAGAACCCUGCUGGAAUGCUUCUGGAAAGCUUUUUUCUAAGUAGAAGGUGGUGGGAAACUAUGUAGAAGGCGUUUGACUAGUUGCUGGAAAGCUUUCUUCCGAGGAACCGAAAGCAGAAGCUUCCCAACUUUUACCUGAGUAGCCAAGAGUCAAACUAUAACUUUUCCUGAUGCAGAUGGAAGAUAUGUCAUUAAUUUCACCUUUUCAGGAAGUAAACGUCUUUUGUCGACGGUCUUCCACCAACUGGAAGCCAGAGGUGUGAAAACAAAGCGCCUUUGGCACGACAUCAAACUCAUUAUCGUGAAAACGACACUGGCAAUGCUCCCCGAAGUGAUGCUCCAUUACGAGCAUCACUUUCAUGAUUUGUCGGGUCCACAGUGUUUUCAAGUGGGGGAUCUUCAAAAAAUUCUCUCUGAUCAAGGUUGAUUCAGAUAAUGGGGUUUGACAUAUUGGUCAGAGCGGAUGGUAAACCCAUGCUUUUGGAAGUGAAUUCGGCGCCUUCUCUCUCGACGGACCACAUCGUGCCAGUUCCCGGGUCUCCGUUCUCAGAAGGACUCAAGACAAGGAGCAUCGUAGACGAGGUUUUGAAUUAUUAUCGAGAUUUUCUUUUUUUCAAAUGGUCUGGGAAAAUUUUUAGUGACCACUAUAGGGUUUCGGCGUUUUAGUGGCCACUAUAGAAGUCAAAUUAGUGGCCACUUAAAGGGUUGAAAAUUGGCCACUAUAGUAGUCAAAUUAGUGGCCACUUAAGGGGUUGAAAAUUGGCCACUAUAGUAGUCAAAUUAGUGGCCACUUAAGGGGUUGAAAAUUGGCCACUAUAGUAGUCAAAUUAGUCGCCACUUAAGGGGUUGAAAAUUGGCCACUAUGGAGCUCUAAGUGCUAAUACUAGACUACUAAAAAUUUUAGUGGCCACUUAAGGGGUCCAUGGAUCAACAUAACUGGUCCAAUCUGUUUGUUUUAAAAUUAUCAAUUUUACUGGAAGGAAUACUGGAUGAAAAACUACUGAAGUGGCCCCAAAAUAGAGAACCUCCUAGUCCACUGUAGAAGUGGGAUUAGUGGCCACUUCAGUGUCCUCUCCAAGUAGUCCUUGGCGGGCCUCUACAGUGGCCACUAAAAAUUUUCCCAGAUUCUCGAUUCUUAUGUUUUUAGAAUUGAGUUAGAGCUGAUUCACGGCUAGCUUGUGGCGCUGAGAGGCUGUAGGGAUUUUGUCGAUGGCAAAAGCCAGCCGUGAAUCAGCUUUAUCGAGUAUUUAACCUUUUCAAAAAAUUCUGAUGAAAUCCAGGUUAUCAAAGUGCCUUUGGUUCGAGACACGUUGUUGUUGGUCCUUGGCUUGCUGGAAGAAGAAUACGGUUCACAAGAAAUGUAACAUCAAAUCCGAUAAUAAAGUUUUUUUUGUUUUGCUCUUCAGGUCAGAAAAUAAAGCCGACGAUGCAAAGUCCAUUGACGACAUGCAAGUUUCAAAGCGUCAAAGAAAGCCACAUCUCAGUGAAGUUCGAAUAUCUGGUUUUUUAAAAAGUGAAAAAUGUUCUCACAGAUUUUCCCAACACGGUACGGCGCACACAGUGGACAUUUGUUGUUCUUGGACAAGGCAAUGUAUAUCUACAUGCAAUUCCUUCAACUCCGAAACAACGUCAAUAUUACUAUUUCCGGUUUGAAACAGUUUGUUCGGUGAGUCUUUUCUGACUUAGGGAAUUAAAUUGGGCAAAAUUGAGGAAGUGCAAUCUUUCCGACGUCAUGCCGCCGCAAGUUAUCGAUGCAAGAGUUGCAGAAAUCAACUAUCACUUCACUGGCGACAAAAAAUCCAGAACCAAUGGUUGAUAAGCUUAAUACAGAAAAAAAGUUACAAUCAUUGUUCAGGCUUGCCGUUUCAUGCUUUCCUCAUGUUUGUUUUCCAAACCGCAGAGAGCAAGUACAAAAAUGAGGCUGAUUUACUCUCAAAAGUUCAAAGUUUGCUAUCUUUCUGCGAUAUGAGCCUACGACAUUACGGGGUGCGUUCUGCCAGGCUACGAAGAGCCGAAGUCGACCUGUUCAAAAAUGGGAAUAGGUAACUCUCAAGCUUGAUUUCAGUCAGCUAAAGGUUAUUAUUAUUGCGAAGAUGUGUAGAAAAAGAUUGCAGCGCUUGAAAUCUUCUCACUACAGUGGAACAGCAAAAAAACAGCUUUCUGUACCGAAUUAAAAAUAUUUUAUUUGAAAUAGACUAGAUUCCCAAAAAUGUGAUCAAUUUGAAGUCAAGCCGUCUUCAAAAAAAGCUGGGAACUCCCUACAUACCCCCGGUUUUAUUGGAAAUCCUGGAACGAUAAAAAUAAUAUUUCAAGCUUGCAAACAGUCCAACCAUAAAGCUCCUUGAAAAAAACUUCGAAUUGCAGCGAGGUGGAGAUUUACAUGCUUCCGACCCGCAUGCGGCCAAAAGCGAAAGGAAGAUCUGCCGUCAACAAGGUUUCCAGAGAAGUAUCUUUUUAUUCUACUUUUGAUUUCAGCAAGUCCCGAUCGACUCGAACAACAAUUCGUCGUCCGUCAGUCUGCCGAAGAUUACCGAGAAACCCUGGCAUAACUUUUGA